AUGAAGCCCUACAACAGCUGUGGGUGCUGCAGAGACCAGCGCUGGAACCACCCUCGGCCGCAGUCAGAGGGCCCGCGCAGUAACACCGCGCUACGCGGCGCUCCUGGCGCGGGCGGGGCCGGCUCCGCCCCUCGGGCCCGCCCCGCACGCGGGCAGUGCUCCGCGGCCUCCUCUGCUGAGCCUGUGCGGCCGCGGGGGGCUCCCCGGACGGCACUGCAGUGCCCCCUAGCGGCGGCGGCUGCCCCGGGCUCCUGCCCGCAGCCCGGCAUGGAGGCUGACGAGGGUGCCGCGGGCGGCGCGGAGCAGCGGCAUCCCCGCCGCCGGCCCGGGCCCGAGCGCUGCCCCAGCCCCAGCCGCCUGGACGUCAGCUCCAGCCGCUUCGACCCGCUGCUGGCGCUGUACUCGGCCAGCACGCCGCUGCCCUUCCCCUCCGCGCCCUGCUUCAACAACCUCGCCGAGUACGAGAGCUUCCAGCGCGGCCUGCUCCGCCCGCGGGGCCGCCGCUCCGCUCCCUCCCGCCGCGGCCCGCCCGCUUCCCGCUCCGCCCGCCGGGGCCCGCCCGCCGCCGACCCCGAGCGCAUCCAGCGCCUCCGCAGCCUCAUGGUCAACGCGGGCCACGAGCAGGAGGCGGCCGAGGGCGGGGGGACGGCCCGGAGGCGGCGGGCACCGCGCAACGUCCUCACCAGGAUGCCCCUCCACGAAGGCAGCCCACUGGGGGAACUUCAUCGCUGUGUUCGAGAUGGUGUAAGGAUCAAUGUCCAUAUCCGCACUUUCAAAGGGCUUCGUGGAGUCUGCACAGGGUUUUUGGUUGCAUUUGACAAGUUCUGGAACAUGGCCUUGACAGAUGUAGAUGAGACAUACAGGAAACCAGUGAUGGGCAAAGCGUUCUAUGCAGAGCCUCAGCUCUCACUAACCAGGCUGUUUAACAGACUCAAGCUGCAGGAUUCCUCAGUAAAGAAGGGAGCUGACUCAAAGACUGUCUCAGAGGAGCCAGCCCUGACAAAUGACUCUCAGAUGCCGGGGUCGAAAGCUGGAUCAGGACGAGGGAGAGCAGAAGAUGAGCGUGAGAGGCAGAAACGCGUGGGCAGAGCUGGAGAAAAGAAGAUGCCAGGUGACAGUUUACAUCUGGCUGCCAGAGGUGAAGCUGAUGUGGGCAGCGGGACUGCCCACACAGAGGGUGCCAGUGCUGGUGGUACCCGUACAAGAAGCCAGUCACGGAGAAAAAGACGGCCCAAAGUGGAUUAUCAGCAGGUGUUCACACGUCACAUAAACCAGAUCUUUAUUCGAGGAGAGAAUGUCCUGCUUGUCCAUUUAGCACAUUGACUUGGCUGAGCCUUUGUCAGUGUAUUUAUUUGAUAGCAUGAAUUGCCACUGCAGCUCACAUCGCUAUUUAGCGUUCUCGUUAAGUAUGAUGGUACUGUGACUGGUUUCCCAUUGCCAUAACAAGAUAGGGGAAAUAAUUGUAACUGGAGCAUCCUGAGCUUGAUGCUAAAGCAGCCUCCUUAGAUCUCUGUUGGGGAUUUCUGUUGCUGAUGUGGUCAGAAAUGCAGUUGUUUCUGUGAUAUGGGCACAGAUCCUACUGCUCCUUUAAGGAGCUCCUUUAAGAAGCUAAACAGGGCUGGAAGCGAAUAUUGGUGGACUCAGCUACAGAAGCUAAUUGUGGCCCACGUUUAAGGAGCAUAAGGUUUUUAUUUGCAUGUUCUGAGUAAUCUCAAGAGAAGGUUGCUAAUGAAACUGAUAGUUUAUCUGCUGCUGUUACAUGGAUGUUCUCUUUUCCAGACAUAAUUCUGACAGUCAUUUUGGAAGUAUGAAAAGGUGGAGUGACGUACUACUGGUGGCUAUUAGCUGCUUCUUCAGUUAGCUCUCUAAUGCCCUGUAUGAUAGAAAGCCUCCCAAUUGAAAACUGCCCUUUUUCUCUGAAUACUGGAAGGACAUUAAUUUGUUUUUACAAUAUCAAAGCUUGGGCUUCUAUUUGUAUGCUGUGCUUUAGUCGUGUGUCACCAGCAAGCAGCUAAUGUAGCUGAUCCAUGGGCCUCCAUAUUUGGAGUUUCUCUGUAAAUAUUGUGGCUGCAGAUGGCAAAUUGUACUUUCAUAUUUCACCCAUUUGCUACUUGGUGUAAUAGUGAAGUUUGCAAAGAUGUCAUUUUUCUUCUCAGAUUUAAGUGUGCUGAGCACAACUGUACUGUAUCUAAGCGCCUUUCAAGUUUCCUCUAUUGAAAGUAGAGGUGCUGUGUCUCCAGCAGUUCUUAUGGAGGAGAAAUCUUCAUGGGUCUUUCCUAUCCAUAUGAAUGAUGUAUCAUCUAAUUCCAGUUAAACUGAGCUUUGGAGGUGCGCUUACAAAUGUUUUGAAGUAUUAAAGUCAAAGUCAGCUUAUCAUAUAACUGCUUUCCAAGAGAGCUACAUGUGAAAGUUUGAGGGUAAAUGAAGCUGUUACAUUAUCCAGUCUAUUCCCUUAGUUGUGAAAGGACAGUAGAUUUCAUACUGCUACUCCUGUAUUCAUCUCAGCUGCCUUACACUUUGUGUUUAAGAUGAAGUUGGGAACUUGCUUUAUAGUAGGGCUUGUAUUGCAUAUAGAGGUCGUAAGUCUUCAAACUGGUUGACAUGUACGCUCAGUGACAUGUAUUUCUGUUGCUGCAAAUGCAACAUGCUGCUUGCUUGUCAUUAGGGGUAUGUCUGGGGUUUGGGUGGAUUACAGAAAUCAUUUAGCAGGAGUUUCUGGACACACAAAGCAGCUGGAUGCCUCUGGGGGACCCUGAAACUUUUAUGGCAAUGUUUCAGAUGAUGUGGGCCCCUGAGCUGCAAACCCAAGUUCAGCCUGGGACAGAAGUGCCUCAGAAUAAAACGUACUGUUGGCAAAUCAGUUUCAUCAAGGGGGGUAAGGAAAGAAUAUCUACAGUUUCUUAUUAUACAUAACUUUAUUGGUGUCAUCCCUUCCUUUUAUGAUCUGAGACUGGGCACUGAAAAGAUUCUUCUCUUGAAGGUUCUUGUUUCCUCUCCUUUAGUGCUGUUCUUGGUUGUGUUUUCAUGUGGUCUGCGGUUCUUCUUCCUACCUCCUUCUCUUGUCAGGAUUUUAUCUCUUCAGGACAUUCUAAUCCUGGUUUAGGAAGACUGUUCUUGUAUUCACCCCCAGUUGUCCUGGGUUUCUGAACUUUUCCUGGUUAGCUUUCUGUGUGGUUGUCAACUAACCAGAAUGCUCACAAAUUAUUAGAAAUGUGAAGUUAGAACAAGGGUUUUAUUUCUGCUCCUGACUUCUCCUCAGCUUCUGUGGCAAGUGAAUGAUUGUCUUCAUUAUGGUUUUGGUUGUGGUUUGCUUUUUCCCCUCUGCUUUUUUGUUUUUCUUUCAGUUUGGGAUGACUGAUCUCUGCCUUUUCCAUUCAUGCCAAAGGCUACUGGUUUUGACCUCUCCUCUUUCCUUCGUGCUUGACCAAAGGGUGUCAGAUCUCCACUCAGGCCUAUGUACUAUGACUUCUAAUUGAAUUCUUGCUCUUCUUUACCUCAUAUUCUUAAUUCUCUUGGUUUGCCCGGUUUAUACCACCUUGUGUUUCCUUCCAGCAGAACCUUUUCUCCGAAACCUUGGAGGUGUUGCUUCACAUCUACAAGUUUCUCUUUUUACAUUUUAUGAAAAGUGCUGGUGCUUGGACUUGAGUUGGUGCCUUGAUUUUUAUACCAUCACUGACACCUUCUUCCGAAAUCAUCACCUCAGUCAACAAACCUGGUUAAGAACUAUCCAGUUUGUCUACUUCUUUUGCUCUACCUCAUUAUUAAACUAUUCCUCCUCUGUUCUUAUGGUUGUCUCAUCUGUGGAGUUGGUUAAAGGUCUCUCUUCCAAUUUAGAUUUAAUCGCUUAUUUGGUGGUUCUUUGUUUCCUGCUUCCUAAUCCACCUCUUACUGUUUCCAAGCUGCUUCCUAAAUACAGCAACUUCAGAUCUUCCAAAAUGUCUUCCUUUUCUCUACUUUCUCUCACAUUUUAUCUUUUUAAAGUCUAUUAUCAAAGUGCUAGUUUAUGAAUUUUCUCUUUCAUGCAUAACAUUUGUGAUUUAGUCUCUUUCAAGCAUCAUGAUUAUGACUAAGGAAGUGAUCCUGUAUGUGUGUCACUUGCAUGUUUAAUACUUCAGCUGAAGUUGCUCUUUAAAUAAAAUUGAAUGUGAUGUUCCAAAAUGAAGUCUUCUACCUCACUGAAGCAUUCAUGUAAGUCUGUUUAUGAAAAAAGAAGUCAGCCCUUGGAAGCAAACGAGCUUUGGUUUUAUGAAUUUGAUUGUUUCUGGUUAUUUAUUUCCACGUUUUUCCUCUUCCAAACUCAGCAUAAAAUCCAGGUUCAAAAAGCUGUCUGCUUCUAGCAAUUCCUCUCUUGCUGCAGCGUCUCAGAGAUAUGUGAGCAUACACACCUCGAGUCAUUGUGCUGAUGAAUGGAGAAUAGGAGCAGGAGGUUGUCUUAAGAAAGAGCAAGCUGUGUGAGAGUGAAAAAGCUUUGGGCCAAGUAUAAGAACCUCAGGAAAGGAUCCCAAUCCUGGUUGCAACCUAUCCAGUGUUUUAAGACGUUGUUCAGCCUGGUCAUAGAUGAUGCUACAGGCCCAUCUCUUGGUGUCAUCAUGUAUCUUUCCAUUGCCAGCAUGGUUCAGUAGAGAGCCAAAUCUCAUGGUUAAGAGUGAUUUUAUUUGUAUGGUGAUGUAAUUCUAGGGAUUGCAGAUGGUGUGAAAGGGGUUUUUAUGGAACCACAUCUUAAAACCUUGCUGUGCCAUGCGGUUGCGGGGAACUGGUAGGGAAAAUCGGGCUGAGAGCUGCUGUGUUAGUCAUGGUUAUGGGUAUCUUGGCUGGAAUAAUUUCCUGGGGAAACCUUUUGCACAGGUGCUUCAUUUUUACUGAGCACUUCUUAAACAGGGCUAUAGCAGUAGAAUAGAGAAGAUCAAAGGAGAAGGAGCUUGUAAAAGGUGUGGAUUUAGUCACACCUCUCCACUGACUUCUCCAGCUUGUUAAUUGACUGGAAGUUGUUUGGGGUUGUUUUCUGCUUUGUGACAGGUAUUUGGCAUGUCCUCACCAGGUGAUUACUUGAAGUAGCUAGUGAGAACUGUUUUCCAUCUGCUUCUUGUCCUUCUGUUUCUGGAUUUGCUGUUUCUGAUGCAGCUUUCCCUUCUGCAUCAUUUGGAAGCAGGGCAAGGUCUCUCAGCAGGAGCAGGCUUGACUGUCCACUGGGCUUUUUUUCCUUAUUCCUUUUAUAAUAAGAAAUAUUAUGUUCUGUCUAGUUUUGCAUCCACAUCACCUUUAGGUAUUCUUGAUUUUCAUACUGUUCUCUGCAGACUUAUAGAAUUAUUCAGAAGAAUUGUAUAUCUUGGAUUGAUUGGAGUAAACUGAUUUGGGUUUUUUAAUAUUUUUACUUACUUUCCUUGCUAGGUUUGCUUAGUUUGCUGUUGCAGUCACCCACUUGUAUCUAUGAAUCACUGUGGGUGAAGAAAUGUUCAGAAAAAAAGCAGCAGAGAAAAAAGAUAUCUAACUUUUGUUGAAGGUGACAUCCUGCCCAACAUGCUGUCCACGCUUACUUGUUUCUAUUGCUUGCCAGCACUGACCUAAGUGGGAUGGAUGGAAACAAUGAUUUCAUCCAGAAUCUUGAAAGAAAAUGGAAAGGCAGCAGGGAGAGCAAACUGAAAACACUCAGUUUCUGAAGAUGUGUAUCUCCAGGUAAAUUUCUUGCCUUUGGUUAAACAGGUCAGAAUUAUAAUGACCAUCUUAAAGUGCAAGCUCUGCAACUGGAUAAAGUUGGAAGGCACAGUGCUACACCCUUUCAGAGGCAAUGCAGCAACAGGAGCAGUAAUGCUGAUUCCUUCAGCCAGGCAAGCUCUUUCCUUAGAAGCUGUUGAUGUCUAUGCUAGUGUCUGCCUCAGAGCAUAACUGCAGAAUACUGCAGAUUAAUGAAUUAAUGUUUAAAAUUAAUGUUUUUUCUCCUGCCUGCGUUGCAAAAUGUAAAACAUAAAUGCUGAAAUACACAACUUCUGCAUCCCAGAACUGUUUCAGUUCAUGCUUUUGCUUCUUGACAUUGGCUUAAAAAUUUGAAGUUUAUACUGUAGCAAUUCUUAAACAGUCUUUGUUGUAACAGAAUUUAUGGAAUUCUUAUUGUAAUUAUGAUAUUACAAACCAAAAAUAUCCAUUCCCCUGGAUAUUACCAAGAUGCGCAAAUGGAAAUGUAUGAAGCCACAACUGGGAGAAGAGAUGGUAAAUACUUCCCUUCUAGUGAAGGAAGGUGAUCCUUCAUUAGAAGGAGUAAUUACUUCUUCACUGAAGAAGUAAUUUCAGAGCUAAUUCUCCUGGUUUGCUGGUGUGAUGGUAGGUGAAUUAAGCACGCACAAGGCAUGAGCUGAAAGAUGCAUGGCUCAGUUUAUAGACUUGACUAUCAACAGAAUGACUUUACAAUGAGAGUUUCUAGAGAAGAAACAGUUUACAGCCUUAACAUCUGCAGCAUUAGAUCCAUGCAGAGCUUUCUUGUCACUAUUAUCCUUGCCCAUAAGAAGAUAAAUACAGGGGGUUUUGUGUUUAUUCUUGUGCUGCCCUGUACGAUGUUUUUCAAGAUGUAUGUAGCGGGGAGAUCUGACUUAGAUGGACAGAGGAAGAGAGGGGCAACCACUUGCAAUAAGAACCCAAGGGGUGAAACCUAAAAUCUAAGCAGUAUCCUUCUGUCUAAUGAGCUAUAAAUCUACUGAAGGAGGAUAGAGUCCAAGCUGAGCUUUAUUUUUCAGUUUACCAAAAAUACUAAUACCCUGGUUGGGUAUACUUGGACCAAAAGAGAAGAAUGCACUUACAUUUUCAUUUAGAUUCUUCAACUCUGUCAGAUGUUUUUCCAGUAGUGCCUGUCUCACCUUCAGAUAAAUAUUAUUACGAUUUUUUUAAGUCCUGUUCUGUUCACGUAGCCAGUAAUGUGCAUUUCAUAUUCAAAAGGUGCUUCUUGAAAUGAGUGUCAUUAGAAGGACACCUGUUUUCAGGAGGUUACAUGUAGUCUUCUGUGCUGGUUUAUAAAACGCUUUUUAAGACUUGACCUUUUCCUGUCAGGAGUUGUCCAUGUGUCUGCAGGACAAACAUCAUCUGUUAAUGGUAGAAAUGUGGAGUAAAACCUCACUAUUGAUGAGCACUUUUUGCUGCUAUUUUUUACCUGUUAGCAGCCUGGGCAAUAAAAAAACUGAGGCCACUUGGGAAGAGCUAGGCACAUGUGAGGGUCCCCCUCCAGGUGGGCACUGCAGGGUCAGUGUGCUUGAGAGAGACUUUUCUUGAUGGAAAGAAAUGUGCAUAAUCUGCUGUAAGUAUAACAUGGACCUCUGUACAUCUCCACAGCUCUAGGCUUUCAUGGCAUGCUGAAAGGAGAGGAGAGAGGAAUUAGUUUACUUUGUGGUAACUCUUUGGAGUGUGGGGGUGCUUUCCACCCUGUGCCCUCUUGUCAUGCUUUGGCCAGCACUGGGCAGUUGUGCUCUGUAUGUAAAGAAGGAGUUGUAGAGGCAGUUCUGGAGUGCAGCAUCCGUUAUGCUGUGAGUGUUUCACAGUACAACUGUACCCCAGGAGUCUCUGCCAGACUCCAUCCCUGAUAACUGACACAUUUCAUCCUGCCUCUAGAACUUUGCAGAGGAAACCCAGUGGGAGAAAAAACAAGUAAGCAAAUUUUCCCUUUUGAGGCAGGGAUGGUGAAAGCCUGGGUUAUCCUUGUUAGCUUCCUGGGGGUGCAAGCAAAAGGCCUACCUUAGUGGAGGAGUGUCAGAGAUGGCUUGUCUCAUGAUGUUUACAAGUCCUUUUAGAUGUCACUGUAAGUGCUCUUGCUUUUAGCUGGCAGAAGUGAAGGCCUGUCAGGGAAGGAAAAUGCCUUCUGAUGUUCCUGGGUAACUAUUUUAUUAGCUGCUAGCUUCAUACUAUACACUUGGAUGACUUAGCUGAAGAAAAUUAGUACACCUGAGACUUUCAGUCAGUCUUGUAUUCGUUUGGAAUGAAAAGUAGUUUGAUCAGCUUGUGUAAAAACAUAUCUAUCCUUUUUUCCUCUCAAAAGAUCAGUGCUCUCCCUCAGGAAAGAAAUGAAAGCUGCUCCUGCUUCUAUAGUGAUUGCUUCUGAUUUCCACAGCUUCAGAGCAAAGUGCAGCUGUGUCAUUGUAUCUUCAACAUGACACAUCAUUCUGAGGUGAGAAAAUGGGAGAAGCGUUCGGUUUCUUUAAAACUGCAAUGGGCAUUAGGAGGGGAGCAGUUGUGUUGACCCUGCUUCAAGCGGGGCACGCAUCCACUGCAGUCGCAUGGACUGGGACUUGGUAACCAAUUAGUCAUCUAUAAAACUUCCUUAAUGAAUCACAGAGGAGCAGUGUGACCUACCACACUGACAUGGGACAAGUUCCCAUCUCUCUACUGCCACUUGCUCACUGAAAGGCCUUGGCAAGCCACUUCCUUCCGUUUCCUUCGUGCUCUGCAGCUGUAACACAUCUGAGAGCAAUCCUUACCAUACAGGGAUUCGGGGAAGCGGUGAGUGCUACACAAGUGCUAAGUAUUGUUACUAAAGCUAUAAUAUGUCAGGUAACGCAGAUACAUACAUCAUCUGCCCUCUUCAGGCACUUGACUGUUAGCCUUAAGUCUUGGCACACUGAAAACGUGCAGGAUAUCAGGUACAAUGACACCCUUCAGUCUUGAAAUUACUUGUGUCUUCAAGGUCAGAUUUGGUGACUUCAAUAUCUGUUUCACAGCUGCAAUACCAUGUUUUGGCCAAAUGGUGAUAAAUGAGAGUGUAACUUGUUUGUAAUUCCUUCUCUGUCUUCCUAAAUAUUUUGUUUCUUGGGAAGCUGAUGCUGCUAUGAACACACUGAAUUUGCAGCAUUCUGCUUUCCAGAUGUAAAUGUUUAUAUUUAAAAUUGCCAAGACUGCAAUGCAAUAAAUAUAUCCCUAUAA